GGAACCGGAAGUGGGUUCAGACAGCGUGGUGUAUGUCAAUCUCGCUGGUUGCGAACUUCGGUGGGAAUUUGUUUACAUCGAGCUGGGAGGACUUCGACGAGACUCUGCACAUUCCGAGUAAUGAAGACAGCGUAAUACAAGCAACAGCAGGAUGCCUCUCGUGAUCAACGGGGCUGUGGUAGACCAGCUUCCACCCGACACACGGACACUGUUCGAAACAUACCCGCACUUCAAGGAAAUUGCGGCUGCUCUGAUUUCCCAAGUACCCAAGGUCAUUGGACCACUAGGACUGCUGUACAUCCACCAGCGUGAGUUUGCAGUGACUGUGCCUCAAGACAAAAAUGUCAGCGUCCUUGGAACAGAUGAAGCCACUACAUGCAUCAUGGCUAUCAUCCGGCACACAGGUUCCGGGGCUGUGUCGUUAGCACACUUCGAUGGCUCAGGCCUUGAGCAGGGUGUGGCAUCCACUGUGCGCAGAGUGCAGGAGCUUUCGCUUCCCAUUCCAGAAGGAAGGUUUGAGGUCUACCUCGUUGGCGGUUUCCUGGACCGUAGGGGUUACUCGGAAAGUCUGGCCAAUCAGCUUCUCUAUGCCUUGCACAAGCAGCCUGUCAACCUCCACUUGGUGACUGCCUGUGUUUGUGAGCUGAACAACGUUCUUCGCGGGAAUCUCAAUUGGCCGACCAUCUAUGGCAUCGGUGUGAACAUCAAGAGCGGUGAGAUAUUUCCAGCCACAUUCCCGGACAAAGGUCCUGAGCUUCCCCUUCGUUCGGCGAGACACUUCACUGGCUGCCAUGAGAUGUGCGACAUCUACGACUGCUCGUUAGGAAUGAUGCGCAUCGGCCCCUUCAACUAUGAGCCAAUGCGAGGAGUCGACCUGUGGCUGUCACAGAAUGACGACUUCAUUCUGCAGCACUUGUCAACAUCGCCAGAGGUGGAGUCACCCAUGUUUGUGAUGCAAGUGCGGGCAGCCCUGAAGUACAUCCAGCAGCACCCGUUCCCGGGCGUCACCGUGUUCCCUGACAAUCGACCCCACUACUUCCGCAAGGACGAGGGUGGCGCCUGGAUCCCAUUCUGCUACUGAGCGGCGUUUUGGCGCAGUGUCGGCUGUCGUAGAAAACGCAGCUCGCUUUUUUUACAUGCACUGUAACUCGGAUGUUGCUGGACGUCUUUCCUUGCAAGCAUCAUUAGUAUUACGGUGGAGUCGUUCGUGCUUCCACGACCGAGUGUGGUUGGCCUCGAGAGAUCUUGUUUCCAGUGCUCAAAUUUUAAGUGGUGGUGUUGCAAUGAGAGUGGCUGCCAAAUUGGCGCUCCAGAUUUAAAUACUCCAUUUAGAGUGGUGUAAGUUCAUGCCUUGAAUCUCUUGUUAGUUGUGCUGCACUGAUGGUACGACUGUCACAGUAGCAUUUUAGACGGGACACGACCUAUUAAACCCAGGAAUCUCUGUUCACUGUUGUUCCAAGAAGUUUGGCUCUGCUUGUUAGGAGCCUAAAAGAUUUAAUACUAUACUAUUACUAUUAAUACUACUAAGGAGGGUUAGUGAGUGCAAUGAGCUGCUGCGUGCUUAGUUUUUUAAUCACGUUGCACGCAUUAGCUGAAGGUCAUGUGAAAGCCCAGUGUGUGGAAAUGGCAUUACUUGCCUGACCACAUCAUUCUUGCCGUCAGGUGGCUGUGGUGGUGCAGUUAUAGCCCCCCCCCCCCCCCUCCCCCCCGUCCCGGUGGCAAAAGCUGCAAUUUUGUCAGAAGUGGCUCACGCUUCUGCAUGGUUCUGUGGGGAAGGCAAGCCUCGGCAAAGACGACAGUGCUGCCGGUGUCCCAAUGGGUGGUGCCAUAUUUACAUGAGAGAGAGAGAGAGAGAAAAAGAAAAUGGCUGCCUUUUACGAAAUUGCGAGUUGGAGAGCGAUUCAAGUCGUAUGCGAGGCAGCUUAUGAGUGUAGUUGUAGUUGGCGACCUUAUUUUUCUGAGCUUUUUAGUUACGCAGGAAUGUUAACCCGUGCACGUGUCAGCUUAUGUAAGCGCUGAAGCCAACUCAUUUGGGCUAGUGGUUUUAAUUUGAGUACAAUGUCGUGCUUGUAUAUCACGGUGUUUAAGGUUCAGCAUUUUUUAAAAGCACAACUAUAAGAGCAUUUCUAGCCCUCAGACCCUAUGUCUCUGUUCCCGUAAGGUCUUGAUUUGGUUUUUCAUUGAGCAGCAAAUUGUGUGGUAAGCGUGUACUGCACAUUAGAGCAUAAGCCUCUUUUUUUUUAUUGUUAUUAUUUCUUUUUCUCUGGAACGGUUGCUGUUAACAUCACAUUUUGAAUGUUGUGUCAAUUAGAUAUUAUCAUUCCAUAAUAUGGUUAUGUGUUUCGAUGCUUCUCAAGCCACGGACAGAUUGUUAAUGCAAGAAGUAUGCAACUCACAACAAGGCAUGCAGUGAAGCAUGCCCUCUGCAGCAGUUUUCACUUCCCAGGGGCAAAGUGACAACACAUGAGCCAGUGUGAACUUAAAUUAUAUUUGAGUAGUCAUGGUGUCUGAGCUAUGUAUUUUUGCUAGUAGGUAGCUGGCAUGAUUGAUCUUGUUUGUAUGACUUGAGAGUACGGGACCUUGAGGCCACAAGUUCAAAACCCGGCCACAGGGGCCACGUUAUGAUGGGGUCUGGUGCAAUACUCUUGAUGCGCCACCCCUACAGUUAGUUUUUGGGAAUGGGAUCAAAGAGGAAACUUUUUUUUUUUCUUUUUGAGCCAAUGCCUCCAUCUUCAAUUUGAAAGGCACGGUAAAUAUUUCCCUGCAACCUCCACAUUGUUCACAUAAAUUUUGGCCUGUGUGGCGAAGUUGCUAGGAAAAUAUCUUUUUCACGGAUCCCAUGCUCUUGAAAUUCUUACAGCCCACUGUACCUUGGUGUAGUUGCAUGUUGUAAAAGUCGAGGUGAUCAAAAUUAAUUCAUAGCCCUCCACUAUGGUGUCUCUUGUAGCCUACCGCGCUUCCUUCGGAAGGUUGAACUCGACAAUUAAGGUGUGUGUUCUUGUUUCAAUAGGGAUAUGCGAAAUUCUGCAAGCAGGCUUUCCCACGCACCUAGUUUGACCUAACUAUGAUGGUUGAUAUCGGGUCAGAAUUGUAAUGUGCCAACAUGCGGGUUACUGACACUAUUCCUGCUGCGUUCCCUCCCUUGCACCGUCCAGGCUUCGAAAGACGUGUCUCAGGUUUAACAGUGCUACUAGCUGGAAAUGGCCAUCUUGGUUAGGACAAGUUAGCAGUGUCGAAAAGCCUGCUUAUGGAAUUUCACAUAUAAACCUAUUGGGAAUGGUCGCAAGCUAUGUUGGGCCAGAAUGUGAGACCAGAGUAAAAGGUGGAAAGAAAAAGUUGGGCUACCUAGUAGGAGCCAUCUUGGUAAGCGGUGCUGCAAACUUUGGAGAAGAAAAAAAGAAAGACAGUGACGCGUUAGUUGUUGAUUCUUCUAAGUGUAUUAUUUGAUUGCGAUAGCACUUAUAUGGACACUCAAGGUGCAUUUCUGCCGUCGGCAUUGCUGUGAUGUUCCGUAUGAAGUCUAAAGGCGAUAAAAUCAUCACCGUACGCCAUAUGCUGUAUGUGUGAGCGAAAGUGUGCGAGGGUAAGCCGGCGAUUGUGGCUCAAUCUUGCACACACAAAGAAGGAAAGUCGAGAAGAAGCACGCCGUCUUCCGUCGCGCGCAAGGCUCCAUGGGGAGGGUAGGAAGUGGGGGAGUGUUCUGCUUCAGGCAGCCCAGGCUACUGUAUCUUGGAAGCUAUCUGUGACGCGUGCAGAGUCCGUGCUGCGCUGCGUUUUCGUGUCUUAGUUCGCACUGAUGCGAGCAGCAGCAUGGAGGUCAAUUCGCUCGCUGCCGCUGCGCUUCCUCCCUGCAGCAUUUGACAGUGAGCUUCCGCAGUCGUUGAGUGAGAUGUGUUCAUGUUUGCUUGUGCACGUGUGACACUAUGCUUGUUAAUUUAGUUAGUAUGCCUUCAUUUAAAAGUUUAUAUGGCCGAUAAAACUACUAUCCUUACUUUGUGUAGCUCUCCACUAAUUUGCUAUCACAAGCCUUUCGGACGAAACUGCGUCUUUUCAAAAAUUUUUGUUAUUUCUCCAUGUCAGCUGUCGUUGAUAGUUAAGAGAUAACAAGAGCCAGCUCAGCAUUAGUCAACAAACGGCUGUUCGGGGAGCUAUGGGAAAUUGAGAAAGAGGCGCUGUGUCUUGUUCAGCCGAAGCUUUGGUCUUGUCCGUGACACAUAAAAAGUUUGCCCUGUUGUUAUGACAGGAAAAAGUUGCAGUUUCGCCCAAAAGGUGGAGCGUUGAUUGGGAUAGCUAAUUAUUAGACAGCUAUUCAAAGUAAAUUUAGUAGUUUUAUUGACUGUGUAAACUGCUGUAAACAUUUGCUUACUAGCUAAAUUAACAGGCAUGGUGUCACACGCGCACAGGCAAACAUCAACGCAUCUCACUCGAUGACGACGGACGCUCAUUGCCACAACAUUGGUGUGUUGAAUUAUGGUGUGCGAAUUAAUUCCCAUUCGUGCUUCUUUAAUGCGAGCUAGGCGUGCGAAAACACAGCGCACAUGAAGGCCAACAGAUUACCUCCAACGUAGGGCGCACGCGGCCAUGCUCAGCAGCACCAUCCGUAGCUGUGGACAGAGUUAAAGAUGAGAUGCACGCUAAGCAGAAUUCUUUGUUGGGCUUGUUGUUGAACAAACAUGACAGAAGUAGCUCAAGAAAUUUGGGGAAAACAAUGGGAGAGUGGUGACAGGACAGAGUGCACUGCCCUGUCACUUUGCUUAGAAUUUUUUUUUUUCGAUACUUCCAUCAUAUCUGUACUUUCAUGUAUCAUCUUCAUUUCCAUGGGUAAUUUCUUUCUGCAUUAGAACAGACAUCUGAAGUACCAACUCACAUAGGUGUUGGUGUGACUCCUUUUGUGUUGCUUUAGUUAAUAGGGAGGAUAGCGGUGACAUACUGUAAAACGUAGAUGUGUGCACUAGUGCUGGUGGUGCCACCCGGCAGAGCUACACUUAUUAACUAGGUUUGCACAGAACUUUUACCACGGUGACCCAACUAUAUUUCAUUUAUGUGCUGGGGUGAGUGUAUUGGCAGCCACAUAAUAAAGGCAUCUUUGUACCUUUGCUCUUUCCAAAGAAAACAGUAAAGUGACGCACUUGAGCUUUCAGCAUGUUAAGGUUGACACGGUGCUGUUGCCACCAGUACUUCUGUUCCCAGGUGCAUUGUCUGCUCUUGCAGCAUAGCUCUACAGUAGGGACGUCUCCAUUGCAUUUAAGCCUCUCCCUGGUUUCAUGAGCUGGUGUCUCAUUUCAUUUCAUUGGUGUCUCCGCUUACCAAAGCUCUUUUCCAUGGCCUGUCUGCAUCCAAAUGUGGCGAAGCAUCAUGUUCACUCAUGACCAUUGCCAUUUUUUAGUGCAGUUUGGUGUCGUGCUUCUCUUUUCUGAAUGCUUAUUUGUGUUCAUGACUUCAUAGAGGCAUGAAAAUCUCCCAUCACCAGUGGAUCAAAUUACCUUCUUUUUUUAAAUGUCAUUGUUUCACAUGCUUGUAGUGUAGUUUAUGUUCGGUGAGCUUUUUUUGUGUGUGGUGGAAGAGACGUGUCGGUGGAUCAUUAUGUCUUAUAUAUAGUUGUGCUGCUCGUUUUCAUCUGGAAUGGUGGGUCUGUUAGUGCUUCCGUGUGAAACAGUAUUCUUGCCUCAGUGUCCUCUUGCAUCAUUCAUAAUGAAAUGAACAGUUUGUGCACUUCCCUGUGAAAAACUUGACUGAAACCUGUAAUGAGCACUGUAGUGGUCUUAUAUUUUUGUAUGCCAAGUUGCUAACUGCGAACUGAUCAUUUCUUUUCUUUGCAUAUCGUUAGCUUCCCAAGUUUAACACUGGCCAGCUAGCUUGGCAUUCUGCAUUUUGUUUUAAGUUCGUAAGUUUUACUAUUUGAGCAACCAUUGUUUGAGUAUUUACACAAAAUAUUUAACCAUCAAUUUGAAGCAGUGGUUCCCGCGGUUUGACCCAUUUUGCAUUAUACAUCUAUUUUUGUUGUGUUCAGGCAUACAAGACACCUGUGACUAUUCUCGCACUGCAUUAAUUUUGAGAGUGAUCAUCGCCGUAAUUAUGACAUGACGAGCAGGUCUGGUGAUCUAAUCUCAGUACUUUACUUUCUGCUAGUGCUUACGCUCAACGAUGUCAACAUUUACACGUUGUACAUGAACUUUAAAUGUUGUAUUACUAUGCACUCGUGCUGCUGCAUUACAUUACAUGACUGUUAUGCUUUAAACAUUCACCUCAUAUAUGUGCCUUAGCUGCGGCAAAUUAUGUUAUACUUCUAGUGUAGCACACAUUAAGGGAAGUGGCCUUUCUAUAAUUGUUUCUCUCUUUUAGUCUUGUAUAUUUAGAUUAGUUCCACAGAGCUCGAUCGAAGCCGGUGGGUUUGUCGUGGCCUGCAAUCGUUUUUGCUCUCAUCUGUGUUGGUGCUCUUUGGUGCAAUGAUGAAAUCACAUGCAAGAUGUUACUAUAACAUUACAUUUUUUUUUUCACACAAUAAAGUUCCUUUACAUUUUUCUGA